AUGGAUCAUGAAACUUAUUUUGAAAUGAAUAAGGAACCAGUUUUAUUAAAAGAUUGUGCACAAAAAGUACAGGAUUUUGUUAAAAUACAAUUAAAACUUAACAGCCGUGUCGUUUUAGUUACGUCUGGCGGUACAGCAGUGCCAUUAGAGACUCAAACAGUUCGAUUUUUGGAUAAUUUUUCAGCAGGGACUAGAGGAUCCGCUAGUGCUGAGUAUUUUAUUAAAUAUGGUUAUUCUGUUGUCUUUUUAUAUAGGCAACAUACUCUUCUUCCAUAUUCAAGAUGUUAUUUUCAUAAUAAAUAUGAUUUUUUGGAUUAUUUUGAAGAAACAGAUAAUUGUAAUGUGAUGGUUAAAGCCAAAUAUAGAGAAAAAAUGGUCCAUCAUUUAAGAUGUUAUCAGGAUGCUAAAUUAAAUAAUAAACUUCUUAUGAUUUCUUAUCUGACAAUUACAGAAUAUUUAUUUUAUUUACGUGAGAUUGCUAUUAUUUUUCGUCCACUUUCAAGAAAUGCACUUUUUUAUCUUGCGGCUGCUGUAUCCGAUUUUUUUAUUCCUCCUGAAAGAAUUUCUGAACAUAAAAUUCAUAGUGAAUCUAAUGAUAAACGGCUUGUAAUUGAAUUUGAUCCUGUUCCUAAAUUUUUAGCAAAACUUAUUGAAAAAUGGGCACCUCGAGCAAGUAUUGUGAGUUUUAAAUUAGAAACGGACGAAGAUAUUCUUAUUUCCAAUGCAAGAAUGUCUCUUCAGCGUUAUGGGCAUCGACUUGUUAUUGGUAAUAUAUUAACGAAACGUAAAUAUGAGGUUGUUUUUGUAACAGAAACUCAAGAAUCAUGGAUACGAUUGACUCAAGAGGAAAAAGACAAUGGAAUUGAAAUAGAAUCAAAAAUUGUCCCUCGUAUUAUACAACUACAUGACACUUGGAUUCAUUUAUAA